AUAGGUAGAUAGUAAUUUCCAACUAAUAUUGUUACUAUGGGCUAUGCAAAAUAAAAUAGCAAAGUAAUACAAGAAUAAAUUGACUAUGCUGUGUAGAUGAUCAAUGAUAAACUCAUUGUGAAUAGCUCUCAUAGUUAUUAGGUGACUAGGGGACUGUACACAGCUCUCUCUCUAAAGCAUGUGUGGUCUGAGGAGGUUCCUCCUGUGCUAUGCUUUUUACAGGACUCUGAUGUUGCGCAUGGAGAACGUGUCCUACGUGGCCCUGAGGCAGCCCAUCGUGUUUGAGCUGGAGGGCUUUGAAGUGUCUCGGAGCCAUGGUUACCCCCUGUUUGCCCUGGUCCUGGCCAUCUACUUCCUGGUGCUGCUGGGGAACGUGGUUGUGAUGGGUGUGAUUGCAAUAGAUAAGACGCUACACAAGCCUAUGUACGUGAUGGUAUGUAACCUGGCUGCCUGUGACCUGCUGGGAGGAACGGCUGUGAUGACUCAGCUCAUGGUCAUCUUCCUGAUGGGGGAGAAGAGGAUUCCAUACAACAGUGCCUAUGCUCAGGCCAUCUGUGUUCACACCUAUGGUGCAGCUGUACAGACCAUACUGUCAGCCAUGGCCUAUGACAGGUAUGUGGCAGUGUGUGAACCAUUGAGGUACCAUGCAAUCAUGACCACGGCCCACAUGGUUUUUGUGAUCUUGCUGGCCUGGGCUGUCGCAAUCAUCCUUAUAGCUGUGCUCUUCGCUUUGAAUGUGGGUACUCCGCUAUGUGGCACCUACAUCAGGCAUGUCUACUGCAGCAACCGCUCCAUCCUGAACCUGGCCUGUGUGCCCACCCCCAUUAACGAUAUCUACGGUUUGUGCAUGACUUGGAUUCUCAGCAGCAGUUCCUUCCUCAUCAUCUUUUUCUGCUAUGGCAAGAUCCUGUCAGCCUGUCUGAUGAGGAAGAGUGACAAGGGCAGUCGUAGUAAGGCCCUACAGACCUGCGCCUCUCACCUGGUCAUCUACUUGAUCUUCGAAAUUGUCAGCCUCAUCAUUAUCCUCAGUAACCGCUUCCCCCAGGUCCCAAUGAACAUCAAGAAGUUCUGCACUAUCCUGAUCUUCAUCGUUCCCCCUCUAAUUAACCCUAUCAUCUAUGGAUUUGUCACUAAAGAGUUACGUUCUGAGCUGCCCUCUCACUGGGGAAUGGAAAACCACACAUACAAUGACCACGUUCUCCUCCUGGAAGGGAUAAAGGUCCCUCAACAGUCCACGUACCCUGCCUUCACCCUCCUCCUCAUCACCUACAUCUUUAUUAUGGUAGCCAACAUCGGACUCAUAGCAUUGAUCUCCAUGGAGAGGAGCAUGCACCAGCCCAUGUACAUCCUCUUCUGCAACCUGCCACUUAAUGACAUAGUCGGGGCUACAGGGAUGAUACCUCGUCUGUUAUGGGACAUUUUGACCACAGCUCCUGAGCGAUAUAUCACUUACAUAGAGUGUGUCAUUCAGGCUUUCUGUGCUCAUUUAUUUGCUACAACAUCACACACCAUUCUCAUGAUCAUGGCCUUUGAUAGGUAUGUAGCUAUCUGCAACCCCCUGCGGUACGCUACCAUCAUGACAAACAAAAUGGUUAUCAGGUUGUCUAUGUCUGCCUGGGGGGUGGCCAUAGUCUUAGUGGGGAUUUUGCUGGGCCUCACCAUCCGCCUGUCACGCUGCAGGUCUAACAUAUUUAACCCUUACUGCGACAACGCCUCCUUAUUCAAGCUCUCCUGUGAGAGUGUGCUUAUAAAUAACAUAUAUGGCUUCAUCUUUACUGUUGUGCUGUUUGUCUCGUCCAUAGGCAGCAUCAGUCUCACCUAUCUCAAGAUCGCCAUUGUAUGUCUGAGCAGUAAAAACAGCUCUUUAAACAGCAAGGCCCUGACAACCUGCAGCACACACUUACUAGUCUACCUCAUUGUGAUUGGAUUUGGAGUCACCAUUAUCAUCCUUCAUCGCUUCCCAAAAUAUGCAGAACUUGGCCAAAUGUGUAGUGUGCUGUUCCCUGUGAUCCCUACUUGUCUCAACCCCAUAAUAUAUGGUUUACAGACUAAAGAGAUUAAACAGAGGAUAUUUAGAGUGUUUCACAGAGCCAAGGUGGCUGCAUGAUGUUGUGUUAAAUCUUUAACAAAAAUAUAUGAUAUACAGUGCCUUCAGAGAGUAUUCACAUCCCUUGACUUGUUCCACAUUUUGUUAUGUUACAACAAAGCCUGCAUUUAAAAUUGAUUA